AUGAGGGUGUCUCCUAGGUUAAUGGCCAACCCUUUACCGAUAACUCCAAGCUCUAGACAUCUGUCCGCUCUGCUUCCGCCAUUGCAGCUCUAUCGCCGUUUGCUCAGGGUGCAUCGAAAAAAACUUCCAAAAGACAUGCGUUUGCUUGGCGAUGAGUAUGUGAAGAACGAAUUUCGAGCUCACCGGAAUGUGGAUAACCCAAUUCAUAUUGUUGGUUUCCUCACAGAGUGGCAGCUAUAUGCCCAGAAACUCGAAGGAGACACUUGGCAAGGCGAAAAGUUAGACAAAGCAAAAAUCGAUAAGAUGAGCGACCAACAAAUUGGACAGCUUUACGAGCUUAUGAGUACCCUAAAAAAGGAAGAUAAAGAUUGA